UCAAGGAAGUAAACACGAUCCUAUAAUUUCACUGGGAGUUGGUCAUCUUCUGGUUUGCCGAAGGUUUUCCGGUUUGUUACAAUUAUAUAAUUGUUUUGUAUUUUUUUUGUAAAAAAAGGCCAAUACGUUACAGAGAUCUAAAAAGGCGGCUGCUAAUCUGAAAGAAAAUGACAGAUACAGGGAACAAGCUGCGUAAACAAUUGGAAUCUGCGAAUUUCGAUCCCAAACAGUAUGUAAAACAUCUGUCCCAGCAGUCAGACGGAGACCGAGACUUGCAAGAGCACCGUCAAAAGAUACAGACUCUGGCCGACGAAACGGCUCAAAACUUGAAGAAAAAUGUCUACAAAAAUUACAGACAGUUUAUUGAAACUGCCAAGGAGAUUUCCUACUUAGAAAGCGAAAUGUACCAACUGAGCCAUAUUCUGACUGAGCAGAAGAGCAUUAUGGAGACUAUCACCCAGGCCCUGCUUUCCACAGACAAGGGGGAAGCAGCGAAGGAAAUGCAGGCAGCUUUCCCUAAGGAGACAGAAGAAGUUAAGCAGAGAACCCUGACCACACUGCUGGAAAAGGUAGAGGGGUGCAAAAACAUAAUGGAAACCCCUGGGAGGUAUUUGGUUUAUAAUGGAGAUCUGUUUGAGUACGAUGUGGAUAAUAUGUCUCAAAUCCAAAAGGUACAUGCGUUUUUGAUGAAUGAUUGCCUUCUCAUUGCCACCUGGCUUCCCAACAGACGUGGGGCAGUGCGAUACAAGUACAAUGCGCUUUAUGAUUUGGACAGUUUCGCUAUUGUCAACGUGAAAGAUAACGCACCCAUGAAGGAUAUGUUUAAAAUCCUGAUGUUCCCAGACAGCCGAAUUUUUCAGGCCGAGAACAGCAAGAUUAAAAAGGAGUGGCUGGAGAUCCUGGAUGAAACCAAGAAAAACAAAGUGAUAAAAGAAAGGCACAAGAAAGAAGAGGAGCCACCACAUUCACCUGUGCGCCAAGAUAUGCCCAAGAACCCAUUUGAUGAGGAUGAGCAAGUCGUCUGUGAAGAGAUUGUGGAUCUGAGCAUGGAGUGGAUACAGGAGCUUCCUGAGGAUUUAGACGUGUGUAUUGCUCAACGAGAUUUUGAAGGCGCAGUUGAUUUGCUGGAUAAGUUGAACGAGUACCUCAAGGAUCAGCCUUUGACUCAACCUGUGAAGGGGCUCAAGGUGAAAGUAGAGGAGAGGGUUCGGCAGCUCACAGAAGUCCUUGUUUUUGAGCUGUCUCCUGAUAGAUCUUUGCGGGGUGGCCCCAAAGCCACCAGAAGGGCCGUAUCCCAGUUAGUCCGUCUGGGACAGUCCACCAAAGCUUGCGAGCUCUUCCUGAAAAACCGAGCAGCUGCCGUACAGACAGCCAUUCGCCAGUUGCGAAUAGAAGGUGCCACUUUGCUGUACAUUCACAAGCUCUGCAACAUCUUCUUCACCAGCCUCCUGGAGACAGCCAAGGAGUUUGAGAUGGAUUUUGCUGGGAACACUGGCUGCUACUCUGCAUUUGUGGUGUGGUCCCGCUCAGCCAUGAAGAUGUUCGUGGACGCCUUCAGCAAGCAGGUUUUCGACAGCAAGGAGAGCUUAUCCACAGCUGCUGAAUGUGUUAAAGUUGCCAAAGAGCACUGCAAACAGCUAAGUGAAAUUGGGCUGGACCUGACAUUUACCCUCCAGUCCCUUUUGGUUAAGGACGUCAAAGCUGCACUUCAGAGCUAUAAGGAGAUUAUAAUUGAGGCCACCAAACACCGUGAUUCUGAAGAAAUGUGGAGAAAAAUGAACUUGAUGACUCCAGAGGCCCUGGGGAAACUGAAAGAAGAAAUGCGUAACUGUGGGAUUAGCAACUUUGACCAGUACACUGGGGAUGGCUGUUGGGUAAGCCUCAGUUAUACUAUUGUUGCUUUUACAAAACAAAUGAUGGCCUUCUUAGAGGAAGGGCUGAAACUAUAUUUCCCAGAGCUGCACAUGGUCCUCCUAGAAAGCCUGAGGGAGAUCAUUCUUGUUGCUGUUCAACACGUUGACUACAGCUUGCGAUGUGAGCAGGAUUCUGAAAAGAAAGUCUUCAUUUGCCACAAUGCUUCAUUCCUGUAUGAAACUGUCCUCCCUGUCGUGGAGAAGAGGUUUGAAGAAGGAGUUGGAAAGCCUGCAAAACAGCUGCAGGACUUGAGAAAUGGAUCCCGUUUGAUUCGUGUGAAUCCGGAGAGCACAAUAGUUUACCCUUCUGCACUUGGCUUCAUCCGAAACAGUUUUGGCAUAUCAUUCCCCAUGGUAGUUUGACUGUGAGAACUCAAACACUCCCUCCUUGAAGCCUUCUUGCCCCUCUGAAUCAAACCUGCAUAUCCUGCUACUCUCUGAAGCUGUAGGAAGUUAUUUGUGUGACACACUAGCACAGGGAAUCCAAACAGUAAACACUGCAAAUAAAGGACAGGAAUGCAUUGAGAAACAGCCUGAAAGAAAAGGAGAGAAAGCAAAUAUAUCACAUGAGUUCCAUUCAUAUUUAAUUUGUAUAAAUGUAUAUUUAUUUGUAUGAGAUGCAAUACAUAGGCACUGAUAAAUUAGAUAUUAAAAGAUGCCUCUCACUAUUUAUUCAUUGAAACCGUCACAAUAUCCCAAUAAUUUAAAUUUAGUUUUUGUUUUUAUUAAUAGAAAGAACAUAUUUAACCUUGUGUAAUGCACAAUAUUUAAAUUUGUCUAACCAAUAAGCCCAAAUCAAUUUUUACAGACAAUGAGGAUGCUGCAGUGACAAAGGAAGAUUUGUGUGAUACAGAAAAUCAUUUUAAAACUUUGUAAACCAUGAUGGUAAAAGAUUGGACUCAUAGUCAAUUUUGGUCAAAAUCAAUGUAGUUUGUUUUGUUUUUACUAUGUAACAAUUAACACACUAUAUAUACCAUUCAUUUAAAUAGGAAAUGUCAUUUGUUCAUCAUUAAACUAAUAUCAUUUACAGGAAAAUCUGACAGCGCUUUAAACCUGAAUAUAUAAGUUAACCUCUCCAAACCUUGGCCAGACUGCAAAGCUGCAAAUUACCAGGAGAGGUGAACACCCACUAUUUAACCCCUGUUAACAAGCACUAAUUAAAGCUGCAUCCACACUCAAUUACUCCUGCAAUACAGUCAUUUAUUGCAAUUCCCUAAGCAAACUCAUUCCCCACUAAAACUACAUCAAAAUGGAUGGAUCUAAAAUAUGUAAAAAUAAAAUAAGUAAAGCUUGUGAGCCUACUCCAUUAUAAAUGUUCUCGAUCAUUUCAUUGUAACUGUGACUGAAUCUAAGAGUGUCUUUUUUAUUAAGGUCCUGAGGCAAUUGCCAGUAUUUGUUUCUAUUUAUCAUUCACCAAUUCCUUAAUCCUGAAAGACAGUUUAUGUAACUGUGACCAUAUUACAGCUCUGAUGUGAGCAGUCAGUGAUUUCCAGCAUCACUUAAUGACUCACGCUGAUGAAAAAGAGUUAGUCCAGCCCAAGUGAGCAGUAUAAUGAGAUGGUUGCUGUCCUACUGAACUCUGACAGCACAAAGCCUUGGUGUAGCUAACUUAUAUAAAACUAUAGCGCUGAGUGCUGCAUCCCCAGUUGUGCUGAUCCAUUGAGUAUUUUAAUUAUUUGUGUACGAAUUUUCAAAUAAUAUCCUAUAACAGGAAUGCCAUUAACAAGAAAUGUGCAUUGAUAUUGUUUAUAUCAUAAAUACAUAUGUCAAGUAUACACACAGUAUAACAUAUAGGCCUAAAUCAGUUAGUUAGUAAUGGUUCCCACAUUCUGUUUAAUUAAGUUUUUCCUCUGUUAUCCAAAAGGAAUUUAUCUGUAUUAAGGACUGGUGUACACUUAGAAAAGAGCUAACAUAAUGCUGACUAUAUAACUUAAUGUACCUGCAUAUGCCAGGAGGUAAACUGUGGAUAAAUCUUGACAUUUAAAAUACUUCACUGCCUAUUCUUAUUACAGCAUCCUGUGUAAAGAAACACAAAUCUUAUACAAUGUAAGUAGAUCACCAUUGUUAUAGCCACAGGGUAAUGCUGCUGUCAAUGUUUGUUUAAAGUAAGAAGGCAAAUGUACUCUGCCUGUGUGGCAUUUCACCGCUUUAAUGAUUUCCUUAAUAAAGAUGAACUGUGAUUUAUGAUUGAUUGCAAUUGAUUGCAUUUUUAAAAAAAAUAUGCAU